ACCCGACAUAUUCUGACUUGAUAUUCAUGCGACUCUCUGAUCUGGUGUUUCCUUCGUAAACCAGAGAUGUGAAGAAAAUGUUGUGCAAUCCGUCACGCGCAGAGAUUGGCUUGCGACACAAAGAAGAUGCGGCUCCUUGAGGCUAAAGUGCAUCACGUACGUCAUGGCUGGAGAAAGCAAUAUUGCGACAAGAGAGCAGACGCCUUCGAUCUCCAUCCCAACUCAGCAUCAAAUUAUCAAGAUGGGAAACGAAUCGAAGGAGCAGUUCCCAUGGGACCUCGGUGUCUUUGACGCACACUGUCAUCCGACAGAUACCGUCGCCAACAUCUCCUCGAUCCCGGACAUGCGUGCCAAAAUAUUGACCAUCAUGGCAACUCGUGCUCAAGACCAGGAAUUGGUAGCAGAGACUGCUGAAAAACUUGGUGUCAAGAGCAAGUCGCAACGAGACUGGAGUUCUAAGCAGAAAGUGAUACCUUGUUUUGGCUGGCAUCCAUGGUUCUCUCACCAAUUGUUCGACGAAGCAAUCUACCCUGCCACCACCACUCUCACAUCUGACCAGAAAGUCGAACACUACCAAGCAGCCUUGACGCCCAGGCCCACUGACCGCGACUUUCUCCUUCGCCUACCCGACCCACGCCCUCUCUCUGUCUUCCUCGCCGAGACAAGACAAUACCUCGAGAAAUAUCCUCUUUCUCUGAUCGGUGAGGUCGGACUGGACAAGCAGUUCCGUAUCCCAGAAGCCCGGUUACCAGACCAAAAGACCGAAAGAGACGAAGCCUUGACGCCAGGAGGUCGUGAGGGUAGACAAUUAUCUCCUUACCGCGUCUCCAUGGAUCAUCAAAAGAAAGUCUUGCUCGCCCAAUUACAUCUGGCAGGAGAACUAGGUCGCGCGACCUCUGUGCAUGGCGUACAAGCUCACGGCGUCGUCUUCAAUACCUUGCAAGAAACAUGGAAAGGCCACGAACGAAUAGUGCUCAGCAAGCGUGAAAGAAAAAAGCAAGAAGCCGCCAGCCAGACCCCUACCUCUGCUCGAGACGAAUAUAUGACAGAAGGCCAAGGUCAACCAAAGUCAACACCUUACGCCCCACGCAUAUGCCUUCAUUCCUACUCCGGUCCCCCAGAAACAAUAAAACAAUACCUCGACCCUCGCAUCCCUGCGCAAAUCUUCUUCUCCUUCUCCUCUGUUGUCAAUUUCUCUCACGCAGGCGUGUCGAAAUCAGAGGAAGCUGUCAAGACUGUUCCGGAUGACAAGAUCUUGAUUGAGAGUGAUUUGGAUGCUGCUGGUGAGAGGAUGGAUGGGUAUCUUGAGGAGAUUGUGAGGAAGAUAUGUGAGAUCAAGGGGUGGGGGCUGGAAGAGGGUGUCAAGCAGUUGGCGCACAACUGGAGGAGUUUUGUGUUUGGCGACGAGUAAGAAGACAUAUCAAAAUGCAGAGGGUUGUGAUUCUGCGCAACGCUCUCCUGACAGCUCCCAUCAUCCCAGAGAACAACCGACCAGUGCACUUCGGAAGCGUUCAAGAAUUUGCAUGUAUGUAUGGCAUAUUCGACCGCUCUGAAAAUUACACCGUCAGGCAUAUGGGAAGUUUAAACGAUGCCAACGCUCAUAUCAGAGUCGAUGAGAUAUCGCAGCCGCAAUACGACACCC